CCUCUCCUGCAGCUCGGCUAAAUCCAGUUCCCUCUAAUGCAAAACGCUUCUCCAGCCAGUUUCUCCGCAGUUGGACCGGCCAAGGGGCUCCACCACCGGGGACUGCCCUCAUUCACUCACUCACCCCCAUUCUGCUCCGCUCUCAGUCCCAUUCUCUCCCCAGACGCCCAACCAGACAAGGCGAUCCGCCCCGUGGCUCGGCUCUCUCUUUCAUUCAUCCCCCUCCCACCACACACACACACACACACACACACACACACACACACACACACACACAUACACACACACACACACUCGCUCACACGCUCGCUAAGGCGCGCACACACACGCACGCCCGGACCCAGACAGCUCACUCCACUUUCAGACCCCCACCUCCUUCGCUCCCCUCCUCUAAAAAGCCGCUCACCCACUCACCAUCUGUAGCCUCCCUCCGUGCCUGGCCCGCCCCUCUCCCCCUCCCCGAGAAGCGGCCGUGCGCCUAGGGAGGCCGGGACCCCCGCCAGACGCCCGGGUCGUGCGCGCCGCACUGACCUCGGCGCGCCCCGCAGGCACCUUCACAAAGGCGGCAGCGAGCCCCAAGCCCAGAGCCCCAGAGCGGCCGUGGGACCGAGGAUCAGGGGGCCUGGCGGGCCAGAACCGAACCCGGGCUGCUCUGCUCCGGAGUCAGCGGACCAGGGAGGACGCUGAUCUCUCGCCAGCCGCGCAGCUGGGACGCCGGCGACACGAUGGGCUGCUGCACCGGGCGCUGCUCGCUCAUCUGCCUCUGCGCACUGCAGCUGCUUUCAGCAUUGGAACGGCAGAUUUUUGACUUCCUUGGCUUCCAGUGGGCACCUAUUCUUGGAAAUUUCCUGCAUAUAAUUGUUGUCAUAUUGGGUUUAUUUGGAACCAUUCAGUACAGACCUCGAUACAUCAUGGUGUAUACAGUAUGGACUGCCCUCUGGGUCACCUGGAAUGUGUUCAUUAUCUGCUUUUAUUUGGAAGUAGGUGGCCUCUCUAAGGAUACAGAUCUGAUGACAUUCAACAUCUCUUUACAUCGAUCAUGGUGGAGGGAACAUGGGCCUGGCUGUGUCCGGAGAGUGCUGCCUCCAUCGGCCCAUGGCAUGGUGGACGAUUACACGUAUGUCUCAGUCACGGGCUGCGUCGUCGACUUCCAGUACCUGGAAGUCAUCCACAGUGCUGUUCAAAUUCUGCUCUCUCUGGUUGGCUUUGUGUAUGCCUGCUAUGUGAUCAGCAUUUCCAUGGAAGAAGAAGACACCUGUCGAAAUAAGUAAUGACAUUGACUCUGAAAUGCGGCUGCUGGACCUGACUUAGGGGGACAAAGCUCCGCCGGCGGGCCCCACUCUGGAUCCGACAAUGUCACCUUCCUCCCGAUGGCAGACAGCGCCUCCUGCUGCCCCACAAACGGCGGAGCUCUUCCGUCUUUGGUCUCAGCCUGUGUAAUAUUAGCAUUGUUUGCUAGCCCAGUUCUAGGUGCUUGGGUGGGUAUUUUUUUAGUCGUUUUCUCCUUAUAUGAGCACUUGUAAAUUGUAAAAACAAAAAAAAAAUGUUUUUAAUUUUUUAACAAUAUUCAGUGUGAGGCAUGCAAAACGAAAAGAAAUCUGUGAAAACCUUCUCCGAGUCAUUCCUAAGAGAAAUGUCAGUGUGUGUUGCUGAGGUGUGACAUCAGUGUGCCUGCAUGCUGGGACUUUCCCAGGCUAACGGGUUAGUGCAGGCAGAUAUGGCCUGUGGGCCUCGGGCACAAAGGUAGGCCUGUGGGAGCUACUACAAAAAGGGAAUGCAGCCUUCUGGCUGAAUAUCGGUCAUUGAUUCAACUCCAUAUGACAAAGUAUGGAGUUUGUCUUUGCUCUCAACUCUGAAAACCUUGGGAAAAUAUAGCAAUCUCAUUUUUUUUUUCAGAUUUGUAUAGAUCUUGUUAAAUAUAUAUGACAAGAUACACAGAUGGAUACAAGAGAGGGUGAAAUGAUGAAAUAAAUGAUUCAUAGAACUCCUUUCCAUGCGAAGGGAAUGUGGCUAUCGGCCUUGGAGGUCCCUAUUCUCUACGCUUUGUCCCACUGCAAACACUUAUGUUAGACCUAAAGGAAACAGCUCAUGGGCCGUGAGGUGGAAAUCACAGCCAUAAAUAUGUGAUCAGGAACUUUGCUCUAAAGAUAUUCAAAAGGGAUCUUAAAAUGCUAUGAAAUUCUCUACAAAAACUUCUAUAGAAAAUAUUUAUGUUUGAACUAUAACAAUUUUUCUUUCCCUCAGCCCAUGCCAAUAAACAAGAAAGAUGUGGGGAAUAUAAUUUUCUCUAGAGUAGAAGAACCAAGGACUGUCUUGGAAACAUGACACUUAUGCUUUUGUAAUUGUAAUAAAAUUUACAUUUGGUGAAAUGAAAAGAUGUGAAGGGCACAAUCUGAUUAAUCUGAGAAACACACACACCCAUGUAAUUAAUGCUUCAAUCAAAAUGUGGAACGUUUCCAUCACUUUAGGAAACCACCACUAUGCUUGUUUUCAUGGCUGAUUAAUGUUGCCUGUUCGCAGUAUCAUACACAGACACUUUUCACCUCUCGUUUUCAUGGAUCUCAAUUUCUAUUUCCCACAUGAAAAUCAGUUUUGUUCACUUUAUGUCAGCACUGAAGUAAAGCUUCUCCUUGGUUAAAGUUCUGGACCUGUUCACGCAUGGCUCAGUACAGAAAUGGUUAAUGGGAGCCAUGUAUCUCCAAGCUGCUCAUGAACCACCUAGAGUCGGGCAAAAUUUGUAUGUGAAUAGAAGUCUGUCCUCCUCUUCCUUCUCCUCCUCCUCCUUUUCCUUCCUCCUCUUCAUCUUCUGUCCAUAGUCCCUGUAAGGAAUCAGAAUUCUGAGCUGAGGAAAUGGUGUAGUGGGUAAAGCAUUUGCCGCACAAACAUAAAGACCUGAGUUUGGAUCCCCAGAAUCCUUAUAAAAACACUGGGUAUGGUGGUGCAUCUGUAACCUCAGAGUUGGGGAGCAGUGACAGGAGAUCACUGGACUUCACUAGUCAGUCUAGCUGAAUCAGUGGGGUUCAGUAAGAAGCCACAUGUAAAAAUUGAA